ACAUCCUCGAACUCUGCCCCGUUUCAUCAGUUUCAUGUUUUCUCGAACGCCAUCUUCGGGACUCCCAAGCUGGUACGCGUUUUUGGCCCGCGAAUUCAAAAGCAGGAAGAUGAGAAUCGCUUCGGUGGACGCGAAGUUCGACUGCGGCAGUGCGAAAGAGGACGUGAUUGACGUCGUGAAUGUGGAGUUCGAGCGCGUUUCUGAAAAGCAGAUUCAGUGGAACGACUUGUUUCCAGAGUGGAUUGACGAAGGGAAUAGCGCGCAGAGGUGCCCGGUGGUCCCGGUGCCCGAGGACCUCGGGACGAAGUACACGGGGAUCGACGUGGUGGUGGCGGAGGCGCCGUGCGGGGUGAACAAAAGGGAUGUGUAUAGGCUACAAGUGAACUUGAUUGUGGCAAACUUGGCGGUAACAAAUAGAAACGGGCCGGUUUACGUUGUGUUUGUUGGGAAAUGUGGGCCGAUGAUUGAAGUUUUUCGUUGUGAUGAUUUGUUAUGGGCUCAAGAGGAUGUUAGGAUUUACAAGCCCAAUCCCAACAAAUUGAAGCAAAAGCUGGCUAUGCCGGUCGGUUCUUGCCAGAUUGCCCAUCCAUUGGUUGAACAAGGAGAAGAAGAAAAGUGGAGACCAAAGCGUAAAAGAGAAGCCUACGUGUCAGUUCUCCACUCCUCCGACACCUAUGUUUGCGGAGCCAUAGCAUUGGCUCAAAGCCUCAAACAAACCAACACAACCAAAGACCUCUUACUACUCGUUGACUCCUCGGUCUCCCAGGUUUCCCUUCGAGCCCUCCGACUCGCCGGGUGGGACAAUAUCAAAACCAUUCAACGGGUGAAAAACCCGCACGCCAAAAAGGACUCUUACAACGAGUGGAACUACAGCAAGCUGAGGAUAUGGAGCCAGCAGGUGGCGUCGGAGUACGACAAAGUCAUGUUUGUCGACUCCGACGUCCUCCCUCUGAGGAACAUGGACGCGUUCUUCACGUACCCGGAGCUGUCGGCCGCCGCCAACGACAACCACCUCUUCAACUCCGGGGUGGUGGUGCUGGAGCCCUCGGCGUGCACCUUUCGAACCCUGAUGGAGGCGCGGGCCCAUGUCGUCCCGUACAACGGGGGCGACCAGGGGUUCCUCAACGAGGUGUUCAUCUGGUGGCACCGCUUCCCGGCGAGCGCGAACCGGCUCAAGAUUUUCGCGAGCGGCCGAAACCACCGGCACCUGCUCCCGGAGGACGUGCACGCGGUGCACUACUUGGGGCAAAAGCCGUGGGCGUGCUACCGGGACUACGACUGCAACUGGGACCGGUCGGAGUACCAGAAAUUCGCGAGCGACUCGGCGCACGAGCGGUGGUGGAGGGUUUACGACGACAUGCCGGCGGGGCUCAAGGAGUUUUGCGCAUUGAGUGCUAAAGAUGAGGCGAGGUUACAAAAGUGGAGAGGAAGGGCUGAGAAUGCUAGCUUCCCGGAUGGACAUUGGAAGCUCAAAAUAACUGAUCCGAGAAGCCAUUCCUUCAUCAAUUGAUACUUCUUCUUUCUUCUUUCUUAUUCUCUUUUUUUCUUUCUUUCUUUCAUCAUAUCUUGUUUCAUCAUUCUAGCUCGAUCAAAGUUUAUAGAGUGUAACUACAUCAUUUACGGAAGCAAUACAAAGUUAUACUACUAAUCUAAGUUUAUAAUAUGAUUAAAAUAAUUUUGUAGCAUACUUUUGAUUCACAUUUCUAUACGUUAAAAAUAAAAGAAAAUGCUCAAAUUAAUAGGGCUAUGCAAUAAAUAUAGGAAUAUGACAUUCAAUAAAACUACUUCCACCUU